UGGGUUCGCGCAAAGCCGCGACGACGUGCUUGGCUCGUCGUGCGUGACCCAGAAUCUGGUAGCAGAAGCAGCGUGCGCAAACGGAGGGGUGGCAAACGGAUUUUUGGACUGUCUAUUUUGGACCUACAUCAGUCGAAAUCGGGCAACUGCUGAGCUAUCUUCCGCGUCGUGGAUGAGAGUUUAGUGGUUAGUCAAAAAUCAAUAAGGAACUCUAGCUGCAUCUACCGUUUUGUACAAUCGCGUUGACCUUGUUUGGGUGAAGUUUUUCGAUUAAAUUUCGGGGGAAGUGAACUCCAGAAUGGCUGUCAAGUUUAACGAGAAAAAUCACCCGUACGUGGAGCUGGUUGAAGGAAGCGAAUUCCGUAUCUGUCUCAACCGGAUGGUCUACGAAAUUGACAGACAAGAGCGGCUGCACAUGGAAAUACCGGAGGAAACAGCCAAUGCUCUGGCGGAACUUCGGCGAUUGGUACAGGAACGCAAGAAUCUGAACUUGACCGUCGAUCAGAGCAACUGGCUGGCCAUGGUUUUUCUCCAGUGCUAUAACAAUGACGUUCAGAGAACAUUCCGGCUCAUGGAUUUCAGCUUUCGGUUGCUGUACAAGGACCGGGAUUACUCCAAACCUUACGGCCAAGUCCGGCAGGUGUUCGAGGAAGGUCUCAUCCGGUAUCUGCCCGAGUACGAUGACGAUGGAACGGUGAUUGUUGUCGUAGAAAUGGGACGACGAUGGAACACAUCGAAGAUAUCGCUGGCGGAGUUCAUAUCGGCGAUCCGGCUGAGCGGAAUCGCCAUUAUGUUGAAUCCGGACGCGCAGCGCAACGGCUGCAAAGUUAUUUUCGACGUCGACGGCCUAACGAUGGGCCAAAUAUCGCACUUUACUCCCAAAAGUUCCAGCUUUCUGUUCGAUUUGAUUGAGAAGUGCACUCCGAUCAGCAUGAAGGGAAUGCACACGGUCAACAAUGGGCUGAUGUAUAAUGUGCUGUUCGCCAUUCUGAAGCCCUUCAUGAGCAAGGAGCUGCGGGAGUCAACUUUCAUACACGGGAAGAAUUGGAAAUCUCUGGGCAAGUACAUCAAUGCAGGGAUUCUGCCGGCCAAGUACGGCGGAACAUCCAAGGCUCCCGAGGCCGAUGGCAAGAGGUUGGGAGAACUGUUGCAGCAUUAUAACGAAUACUUUGUCGAGUAUGAUUCGUACGGGUAUACCGGAAAUCCUGAUGCAUGAUAGGUUUCAAGCGCAUGAGAAAUGUAUGUCAUCAUUUCUAAUCAACCGAUUAAUUUUGCAAGAAAACGUACGUUAGUUUUAUAUAGGUUUAAAAAAAAGUAGGUAGAUAAUCAAAUACAUGGAUCAUUGCUUAGGGGCCGUCCAUAAAUGAUGUCACGCAAAAUUUGGGAAAAAUUAACCCCCCCUCCCCCCUCUGUCACAUAUUGUCACAACUUCCGUUACCCCCCUUCUUGAAUUACGUCACGUUUUCAUACCCCCCCCCCCCCCAUCCCCCCCGGAGUAAAAUUUUCAACCCUUUAGAAAUUUGAUUAAAAAAAAUUCAUCAGUUUUAUUCAAAGAAUUGAAAAAAGAUCACCAGGUUUUAACAAGCUUUCAAUCAUUGCUUAAAACAAAUUUCAAUCAUUAGUCCAAGGAUUAUGUUGAUGACUUUCCAUAUCAAUGGCCGGGAGAGUCGCGGCAGUAGCUGCAGGAUCUGCGACGAUGUCGUAACCAUCCAAAUCUAGUUCCUCUUCUUCGAUCCAUUCGCAAUCCAAAUCUUCUACACAGGUGAGGAUAACCAACAAUUCCUGUUCACGUUUUACCACAAUUUUAUGGGGCGACUUUCCUCAGUGUUGCAGUGUAAGUGUUCUUGUGAACUUUCUUAUGAUCAUAAAAUUUACCAAAAGUGAUUAAGUGAGUAUUAUUAUUCCUUAAUGAAUGGUGCAAUUAUAAUUUUAUUGAAUUUAGGAUAAAAUUAUUCGUUAAAAUUAUUUAUUUUCGUUGACUGAAUGUUUGAAUCAAGACCCAUCUCUGGGUCACAGUUUAAAAAUAAUUUGUUUUUGUUUUGCUGUUUUCUUUUUUUUUUUGUGAUGAUAUGUGAUGUCACGCUUAAGCUGACCCCCCCCCCUCCCCCCAUGUCACAAAUUGUCACAAAAAUCAAAACCCCCCCUCCCCCCCUAACGCGUGACAUCAUUAAUGGACGGCCCCUUAUUGGACAAAAAGAACACGACAAAAACGGUGGUCUGUCUCUGUCUAUGACCGCAAUAGCCCCUUGAU